AUGGGUUGUCAGCAGGGAGAGACGGGACAGGAGGGAAACCUGCCGGGGGAAGGCAGUCCGUCGCGGUUGGGCCGGGCCAGGCGGCCCCGGCCUUGUCCUGUCGAGGCUGCGAGCGGAGCCGAGCGCUGGAGAGCGCCGGGAGGGAGCGCGGGCUUCCGUGCGCGGAGCGAGGAGGAGCGGAGGACUCCCGCGGGACUCUCCAACGGGAGGACUGCGCCUGUUUCUGAUUCCUCUCUCUCACAAACCCGUCGUGCACGGCCCGUGCUCGCCGCCGCGGCGAUACCUCCCUGCGGCUGCCUCGGCGCCGUCCCCUGCCCCGGGGGUCCCCGAAAACGACGGCGGGCGGCGAACCCGCGCUGCUCCAGCUACGCCUCUGCUAAAGACGUGCUGGAGGAGGUGCCGGCCGGGGGCGCGGAGGCUCGAGAGACACGGCGGGACAAGCGUUCCGCUCGCGGCGUUUCGCACCGCUUGCGAGGGAGCGACUGUGCCCCGGUAGCGCAGCUGCGGCCGCGCCGCCCUCCCCGUGACCCGCCUCUGCCCAGCCCGACGGCGGCACCGCUCCGCGCUGCUUCGCCGCCCCCAGCGGGCCGGGCGCUGUCCCGGCGGGACUCCACCGGCCGCGGCCUCCCCGCCACCUGCCCCGAGCCUGUCCUGCGCCGGCAGGGCCCCGCUGGAGCGGCAAUGAGCUUCCGCAGCCUGCCCGGCGGCUGUGUGCCCUCAUCUCGCAGUCUCACCUCCCCGUUCGUUUAUGGACCUCCAGGUCUUUCCGUGCUCCCGGAGGGAGGCUCGGGCGAGGAGACAUGGGCCGUCAAAUGGAAACGCGUGUGCCGAGGGGCGGAGGGGGCCCGCUGGAGCUUCUCGGCUACCUCGGUCGCCGCUGGUGAGGACAGAGCCCUUUUCUUCCCCCUCGCCCCUCUGCGAGGGAGCGGCCGCGCUGCAGCUACCCCUGCUCCGGGCUUCUGCGAAACGUCCGAGGGGCAACGGCAGCAGGAGGGCUGCGGGGGCCGGCCAGGGGUCACCCCGACGCCGCCCGUCGCCUCGGCUCCCCGCUACCGUGGCCACCGAGGGGCGGCCGGGGCCGGGCGCCCCGGCGGGUCCCGCAGCGAAGCCCAGGAGGGCGGUCUGCGCCUGGGCCCUAGCUUUGGGGGGCGCCAAGGCCCCAGGUGGGUGCUGUGGGAACAGCGAACCCUCCGGCUGGCUCCGAGCCGGCUUGCGCUCCACGCUUCGCGAAGGGCCCGCAGCUCCGCCCCGGCGGGAGCGCGGGCAGCGUGUGCGCGGGGCUGCACGCAUCCUGCCCUGCACCCCCCGGCCCCGCACGGCUCCGGUCCCUCCGCGGAGCUCCCGCCGCCGCUUUCCGUGAUGAGGGUCGGUGCCCGCCCGGGGCGCGAGCGUGGGGCUGGGCGGUCGCGCUCCGCCAGGCACGGUCGCUCUGCCGCUGCCCUCGGCUUCCGUCGGGAUGAGCGGAGGUGGCAAAUAAAAAUAUUUGGAGAUGAGGCUACUGAAGGGAACCUUUCUACUCACUCCGAGGUGGAGCAAUCGGACGUGGGGUACGGGGCGGUGCGGGACUUCCCUGGGGCUCCGCCGGGCUCAGGGCCGGGCCUCCGGGUGCACCGCAGCUCCGGGAGCGGCUCGGCGGGCGGCUGGCCCCACCUGGGCUACGGCCGAUUUCGACCCGGGACGGCCGGCAGGGUCCGGCGCACACCUUUCCUCCGUUUGCCUCGCUGGUAA